AUGGGUACAGAGAGGAAGAGAAAGGUGAGUUUGUUCGACGUCGUCGACGACGCUGCUGUUAAGAUGGUGAAAACCAACGGCGGCUUAUUCGGCAACAGCCUCAUUAACCAUUGGAACGGAAAGCCUUACUCGCAAAGGUACUAUGAGAUUUUGGAGAAGAGGAAAACACUUCCCGUUUGGCACCAGAAAGAUGAUUUCUUGCAGGUUUUGAAGGAUAACCAGACUUUGAUUCUCGUUGGUGAAACUGGCAGUGGGAAAACAACACAGAUUCCUCAAUUUGUUUUGGAAGCUGUUGAUUUAGAGACCCCGGAUAAACGCAAGAAGAUGAUGAUUGCAUGUACUCAGCCUCGUAGAGUGGCUGCUAUGUCUGUUUCCCGUCGUGUGGCUGAAGAGAUGGAUGUUACUAUUGGGGAAGAGGUUGGUUAUAGCAUCCGAUUCGAAGAUUGUAGUAGUGCAAGGACAGUUUUGAAGUAUUUAACAGAUGGUAUGCUUUUGAGAGAGGCAAUGACGGAUCCACUUUUGGAACGAUACAAAGUAAUUAUUCUUGAUGAGGCACAUGAAAGGACUUUGGCUACAGAUGUAUUAUUUGGCCUACUUAAGGAAGUUCUUAAAAACAGACCUGACUUGAAGUUGGUUGUUAUGAGUGCUACACUUGAAGCUGAAAAGUUUCAGGGGUAUUUUUUUGGAGCCCCUCUAAUGAAAGUUCCUGGAAGGCUUCACCCAGUUGAAAUUUUUUAUACUCAAAAUCCCGAAAGAGAUUACUUGGAGGCUGCUAUUAGGACAGUGGUACAGAUUCACUUGUGUGAACCUGCUGGAGACAUACUUGUUUUUCUUACUGGAGAGGAAGAAAUAGAAGAUGCAUGCCGCAAAAUAUCAAAAGAAGUUGCAAAUAUGGGGGAUCAGGUGGGCCCUGUGAAAGCGGUGCCAUUGUAUUCUACUCUUCCGCCAGCAAUGCAGCAGAAGAUUUUUGAUGCAGCUCCUCCUCCAGUUAAAGAGGGAGGCCCUCCUGGAAGGAAGAUUGUGGUAUCAACAAACAUAGCAGAAACUUCCUUGACAAUUGAUGGUAUAGUCUAUGUUAUUGACCCUGGAUUUGCUAAGCAGAAGGUUUAUAAUCCUCGAGUUCGUGUUGAGUCUUUGUUGGUGUCACCAAUAUCAAAGGCUAGUGCACAUCAGAGAUCUGGGCGUGCUGGUAGAACUCAGCCAGGGAAAUGCUUUAGACUUUAUACUGAGAAAAGUUUCAAUGAGGAUCUUCAGCCGCAAACCUAUCCUGAAAUUUUGAGAUCUAAUCUAGCCAAUACAGUUCUUACACUGAAGAAAUUGGGUAUAGACGAUUUAGUGCAUUUUGAUUUCAUGGACCCUCCUGCGCCUGAAACAUUAAUGCGGGCUUUGGAAGUGUUGAAUUACUUGGGUGCAUUAGACGAUGAGGGUAACUUAACAAAGCUGGGUGAGAUUAUGAGUGAGUUUCCUUUGGACCCUCAGAUGUCAAAGAUGCUUGUUGUUAGUCCUGAGUUCAACUGUUCAAAUGAGAUUCUUUCAAUUUCUGCCAUGUUGUCAGUACCCAAUUGCUUUAUCCGGCCUAGGGAGGCUCAAAAAGCUGCGGAUGAAGCGAAAGCUAGGUUUGGACACAUUGAUGGAGAUCAUCUCACACUCCUGAAUGUAUACCACGCCUACAAGCAAAACAACGAGGAUGCAUCUUGGUGCUACGACAACUUUGUCAAUAACAGGGCACUGAAAUCAGCUGAUAACGUUCGACAGCAGCUAGUGCGUAUCAUGGCUCGGUUUAACCUGAAGUUAUGCAGCACUGACUUCAAUAGUCGCGAUUAUUACGUCAACAUUAGAAAGGCAAUGCUAGCAGGAUAUUUCAUGCAGGUGGCUCAUCUUGAACGGACAGGUCACUACUUGACAGUGAAAGACAAUCAGGUGGUACACUUGCAUCCAUCAAAUUGCCUGGAUCACAAGCCUGAGUGGGUUAUCUAUAAUGAAUAUGUUCUUACAAGUCGGAAUUUUAUACGUACUGUGACAGAUAUACGCGGUGAAUGGUUAGUAGAUAUAGCUCCACAUUACUAUGAUUUGUCUAAUUUUCCACAAUGUGAGGCGAAGCGUGUUCUUGAAAAGCUGUACAAGAAAAGAGAGAAGGAAAAGGAUGAAUCCCGGAAUCGGAAAUGA